GUCAAUAAAUCCGAAAUCGCAGAUGCCGUAAUAAGUCGAUAUCCGAUGACGUCACGGCACAACCAAAAUGAGACAAAACGUGAAGAGCAAGCAGCAUGGCUGGCCCAUCAAACACCAGCUGGAGGGAUGUGCGGGAUAAGUUUGCAGGUCGCACGGAUAACGCUAACGAUUAAUAUGCGAAAUGGCCGAAAAACCCAAAGGACCUAUUCGCGUCGGAUUCUACGAUAUCGAGAGGACUAUAGGCAAAGGAAAUUUUGCCGUGGUCAAAGCUGCUCGACACAGGAUAACAAAGACGGAGGUAGCCAUUAAAAUUGUGGAUAAAACAGUAUUAGAUGCAACGAAUCUAGAGAAAGUCUAUCGUGAAGUACAGAUCAUGAAAUUGCUCAAUCAUCCGCACAUCAUCAAGUUAUAUCAGGUAAAUGAAACUUAUAAUGCUUUAAUAUAAAUAUUAAUAUAUUUAGUUUCUGAAUAUGCUAGUCAAGGAGAAAUUUUUGAUUUCAUUGCCACUCAAGGAAGAAUGUUGGAAAGUAUGGCAAGACAAAAGUUUUGGCAAAUUAUUUCUGCUGUUGAAUAUUGUCAUGAUAGACAUAUUGUUCAUAGAGACUUAAAGGCAGAAAACUUACUUUUAGAUUCCAAUAUGAAUAUAAAGAUUGCAGAUUUUGGAUUUAGUAAUUUCUAUUCUACAAGAAGUCAACUAACUACAUGGUGUGGCAGUCCACCAUAUGCUGCACCAGAAGUUUUUGAAGGAAAAAAGUAUAUUGGACCUGAAAUUGAUAUAUGGAGUUUAGGAGUGGUGCUUUAUGUUUUAGUAUGUGGUGCUUUACCAUUUGAUGGUUCUAAUCUUCAGAUAUUGCGAGAACGUGUAUUAUCUGGUCGUUUUCGUAUUCCAUACUUCAUGUCUUCUGAUUGUGAACAUCUUAUAAGAAAAAUGCUAGUGCUGGAUCCAUCAAAAAGAUAUACUAUUUCUCAAAUUAAAGAACAUAAAUGGAUGCAAAGUGUAGAGCCUAUUCCACAAAUACUAACAACCAGUUAUCUAAGCUGUGAUGAUAAAAAACACAUUAAAGCUGGAGAAUUUAAUGAUCAAAUUUUGAAUUUAAUGCAAAGUUUAGGAAUAGAUAUAACCAAAACAACUGAGUCUCUUAGAAAUGAAAAAUAUGAUCAUCAUGCUGCAAUUUAUUAUUUACUGCUGGAAAGGUUAAGACAACAUCGAUCUUCUGUACCUACAUUAAGCUACAAACCAAAACAUGAACCUCGCAGGUCUAGUAGUAUGACUGAACAAGCAACUAGGAGAUUUACAUCAUAUUUUUAUCCAUUUUCAACAGUAUCAUCCCAUAAAUUAUGUUCUAAAAAACUUUCUUAUAAACAUCAUAUUAAACCAUCUCUACAUUCUAUUAAAACACAAUUUUAUAAUAAAAAUAUUGAUGAUAAAUUGUCAAGCAUCAGGUGCUACAGUCCAGAUCAGAAACAAAUGACAAGUGAUGAAUAUAAAAUGAAACUUUUAUCCAAUGAAGUUAUUCCAUAUUUAAAUAAUCUGCAUUCCAUUUCUUCGCAUACAUUUAAUACCAGUCCUUUACAAAGUAAAAUCACAUCAUCUAUAGAUGAAGGUGUAGAAGCAGAUAUUAGUGGAGACUCUUUUGAAUCCUGUGCUUCUCCUACACAACAUCACUCUUUAUAUUUGAAAUCUAAUAAUCAAUCAACUCUUCCAAGCAAAGAAUACUAUCAAAAAAGUCCUCCGUUAUGUAAUCUAACUCAACUCAGCUUAUCUGAUUCUCCAAUAGGAAAUAUCAGUUCUGAAAACAGAGAAAAUAAUGAAAGUUUUGAUUCGCAAAUUGAAACAGAUAUGACUUCUAGUCUACCAUCUUGCACUCAGGAAUUUGAAACUCCAAUGGAUUUUUAUGGCACAACUUUUGUACAACCACCUUUAUCAGAUAUAUCUCAAUAUUCUUUGCAUCCUAUAUAUUUUAAUGCCAUUAAUCCUUUACAUGUUCAACAUGAUACAAUGGAAAUAGAAACUAGUAAUAUACAAUCACCAGGUUAUUUCAGGGAGGGUAGAAGAGCUUCUGAUGGCUUAGUUGCUCAAGGAUGUGAAAUGUUUUCUACAAGGUUAUGUGAUAAAGAUAAAGCCAGAGGCAUGUUAGCAUUAAAUGAUAUCCAACAGGAACAAAAGCAAUUUCAGAUGCUACACAGAAGUCCAAUUUCAACACAAGAACAAAUAAGACAACUUGAGUAUUUCCAAAAUUCUCCUAUAAAUGUUUUGAAUAAUACCUGCAUGCAACUAUAUCCUUAUCAUUUACAACAAACUCAUUUAGACAAGACAGAUUUAUUUGCAUCUUCUAUAAAAGCUCUAUCUACAAUCCCAUCUGAAAAGAAAGACAUUUUAUAUGAAGAUUUAGAAGAUAUGAAUGCAACUGUUCAAGGGAUAAUUUCCAAACCUCUAGAUGAAUUUAUUGGAAUACCAUUUGACCAAACAAAGUCAUUACAACAACAACUACUACAGCAGAGAUUACAUCAGAAAAGACAAAUAUUACAAAAACAACGUUGGCAAGCAAUUCAUCAGUCUUCUUACAAACUUUUACCUCAAACAUCAGUAUUUUCAGAUGAAUCUAUUGAUUUAUCAUUAGAAGGAAUUCAAUCUAGUUAUGAAUCUUUACCCUUCCACUCUGUAACAGAAAAUGUAUCUUAUUCAUCCACUAUUAAUACAGAUAAAUAUUCAAGCAAAUCCAUUGUAUCUGAUAAUUAAAAUUAUUACAUUUCUACAAAUGAAUAACAUUUUAAUAACUUAAAAUUCAUCACCAUUUUACAAAGUGAAAUAAUAUUUAAUAAUAUAUAAUUUGAUAGAUAAUUAUUGUCUGGUCAUAGGGCAUAAAUAAAAUUUGUUCUUGAUAAAGGAUAUCAUCAUAGAAUAUUAAAAAUUUUUAGUAAUAUUGGCUCAUUUUAUUAUAGUCUUCCUAUUUAAAAACUUAAAAAUUAAAAAUAUUUUAGCUAGAAAUGGUAUUUUAUGCUAUAAAUGCAAGAAAGAUACAUAUGUAUAUGUGGAAUGGCUUAAUAAUUUCUUCAAUCAUUUUUGGAUUUAUUCUAAAAGAGCAAUAAAGUGUUUUAAGAGUUAUUUAAGCAGUUUAUAAUAGCAAUAUAUCAAAAUGUUUUAAAGAUAAAAUGCUGGGACCAUUACUUUAAUAUAUAAUGAGUCAAGAAAAAUAUUCAAGAUUUAAAAAUAUAAGAAGAAAUAAUUGAGUCAUUCUAAGUAAAUUUGAAUUGAUGGAAUGUUACAAACUGGAUAUUUUUUAUAUAUUUUUUUUGUUAAAUGAUAAAAUGGCACAGAUUAAUUAUGAAAAUUUUGUAGAAUGUUUCACAAUAGCUUACUUAUAUACUUUAUAUGUGUCAAAUUUGAUAAACUUAUACAAUAGUAUUUUGUCUUGUGCAAUUAAGUAUUAAAACUUGGUUAAAAUACUAAAUGUUGCA